AUGGCUGUUUGCAAUUAUGGAUUUCAACCAUUUCUGAGAGGGUUUCAGCAAGUCCCCGUGCAGAUCUACCACGUUGCCAAAACCAUCAAAAACAGUCCAGUGAGAUUAUUAGAUGCCUUUGUCGAUCGUGUGUUCGAAUUUGUUGACCAGCCAUUGCUCCCAUCUCAGAGUAACUUUGCUCCAGUUGAAGAGAUAGAUGAAGCAGUUCUUGUUUCCAGUGUUGAAGGAAGUAUUCCAUAUGAUUUUCCAGAGGGUAUCUACAUAAGAAAUGGCCCAAACCCUCUUUUUGGAGGACUAAAAUCGACAGUUUCUAUGUUUGGAAGAUCAAGUCACACAUGGAUAGAAGGAGAAGGAAUGCUUCAUUCUUUAAAUUUCAAUAAAGAUAGUGAUGGUAGCUGGACUAUCUCCUACAACAACAGGCAUGUUCAAACAGAGACUUUGAAAUUAGAAAAAGAAAGAAAGAAACCAUCUUUUCUUCCUGCACUUGAAGGAGAUUCCCCAGCAAUUUUGUCAGCUUAUCUGCUAAAUUUGUUGAGAUUUGGCGAUGUAAACAAACACAUUAGCAAUACGAAUAUUUUCGAGCAUUCAGGGAAGUUUUACUCAAUUGCUGAGAACCACGUGCCUCAAGAGAUCGACAUUUUCACGCUAGAAACUUUGGGUAAUUGGGAUGUUAGUGGAGCAUGGAAUCGACCAUUCACUAGUCACCCAAAGAAAGCUCCAGGAACUGGAGAGCUCGUUAUGAUGGGGUUUGAUGCACAAAAACCUUACUUUGAGUUGGGAGUGAUCUCUGCUGAUGGAAACAAAUUAAUUCAUAGAGCUGAUCUCAAAUUUAGAAGGUGUAGCCUGUGCCAUGAUAUUGGGGUUACACAGAGGUACAAUGUGAUCAUUGAUUUUCCAGUGGUUAUAGACAUAAAUCGACUCAUUGGCGGAGGCCCGCUGAUGAAGUAUGACAAGAAAGGAUAUGCCAGGAUUGGAGUUAUGCCUCGCUAUGGUGAUGCAGAUUCCAUCCAGUGGUUUGAAGUGGAACCAAGUAGUGUAUUUCACCUUUUCAAUUGUUUCGAGGAUGGUGAUGAGGUAGUAAUGUGGGCAUUUAAAGCUCGUGGAUCAGUUAUACCGGGACCUGAUCUAGGCUUGAACAAAUAUGAGUGGUUUUCUAGAGGUUAUAUGCAUAUGAACUCUGUUGAAGAUAAUGGUGACAAUAUGACUCAAGAUGGAAUUUUUUUUUCUCGUGCCCACGAGUGGAGAUUAAACAUGAAAACAACAGAGGUGAAGGAAAGGAAUCUCACAGGAACAAAAUUUUCUAUGGAAUUUCCUAUGAUCAAUGAAAACUUCAUCGGUAGCAAAAACAAAUUUGGGUACGCCCAAGUUGUUGAUUCAAUUGCAAGUUCCUCUUCAGGAAGGGCAAAAUAUGGAGGUCUAGCCAAGCUAUACUUUGAAGAACCAGAGAAUGGAUUGUCUUGGGAAUUAAACAAGCUGAUAAAGGUUGAGUACCAUAGCUUUCCGGAGAACACCUUCUGCUCAGGAGCCACUUUUGUUCCUAAAGUUGGAGGUCUUGAAGAAGACGAUGGUUGGAUAAUUACAUUUGUGCAUAAUGAAAACACGAACAUGUCUCAGGUUUAUAUAGUCGACACAAAAAAUAUUUCAAGCGAGCCAGUUGCCAAAAUUACUCUGCCUGGUAGAGUGCCAUAUGGUUUUCAUGGAGCUUUCAUGUCAGUAAGUUCACAACUUGAAGAUUAG